CAAGAGUGAUGCGGUGCCAUAAUUCAAUGGAGCUCCUGAGCGGGUAUAGUCGGAUCUACACGUCUGCGGGAGGCGGUGAGUGACCGUGUCGGUAGGCGGCUGAUCGCCCUUGGGCUUGUACAUAAAGGAGGGGGGACUCGGGAUACAUACGAUAUAAACCUCGCUGGAGACAGCAACUUCAGUCUGCUCCGAGUCAUCAUGCAAGUCAAUAUACGCGACAUCACCAAAGAUACGGCCAAAGGUCCGACUGUGAAACAGCACAGCGAAUUCUACUUCGCUGACGGGAAUGCAAUCUUCUUAGUCGAAGACGUACUCUUCAACGUUCAUAGAUAUUUCUUGCAUCGAGACUCUCCUGUCUUCCGGGAUUUAUUCUUGUUACCACAAAGAGGAGGUGGCGAGGGGCAAGUUGAUAACAACCCUAUCCGCUUAGACGGAACAAGGAGCAUUGACAUGGAACGCUUCCUGUCAAUUCUGUACCCGCCGCGCAUCGGUCAUUACGACCUAAAAACAACGGAUGAGUGGGCAUCGGUCCUCGAGCUGGCUCACAAGUGGCAGUUCGAUUCGAUCUGCGAGCUAGUCGCAGAUCGGCUACCUCAAGUAGCCUCGCUUGUGGAUCAAAUCAUCCUGGGGCGGCGGUAUGGGCUCGAAGAGAUGUUACUCAGCGCACGCGUACGAUUAUGUGAGCGCGAGGCACCCAUUUCUCUGGAGGAGGGUCGUCGGUUAGGACUGGAUGAAUGCAUCGUCGUCGGUGAAGUCCGACAGAAGGCACGAUCCAACUUAUUCGCAACGACCGCCAUGAAAUUCGACGAAUGGGAUGUUCGAAUGCUGCAGGAGGCAUUCCAAGUAUUAGAUACAUAAAUAAACCCGGCAUCAACGCCGCACUUACCUCUCAUACUAGCCAAAGUGUAUGAUACAUCUCGCC